AUGGCCCUGAUGGAUGGGAGUGUUGAUGAUUUGAUUGGUCAAGGUGUCUUCGAGCCAAACGCCAACCGUCGCCUUUCUGAUACAGUUCUACAUCAUGUUCUUAUGGGAAUUGAUUAUCUCAGCAGUAAGGGUAUCGUCCAUCGAGACCUCAAACCAGCGAAUAUCCUGUUCACCAAGAACUCGGAGACAGACUUCCAUUUUCUGAUCGCCGACUUUGGCGUUUCAAACUUUGCAAGCAAUGCCAUGACUUUGGUGGGGUCACCCCGGUAUGCCGCUCCUGAGGUUCUGUGCAGUGACGGUAGUCUCCAAACCUCCAAAGCCGACAUCUGGUCUCUAUUCGUCACUAUGGCACAUGUCCUGAACGUGGAUGGCUAUAGGGCCAAAGAGUUUCGCACAACCGCCGAGAUAAUCCAAUCCGCCUGCGAUGCAGCGAAAUGCCAGGAGUUGUCUACCAUAAAAGAUAUGGCUAUUGUAGAGCCUGAGAAACGAGCUUCCGCGGCGAAGAUGCUACAAAGUCUCUACGGCGACACCGGCUUGGCUACGCCACUUGGCCACGUUGACGAACCCACAGAGGACCCGGACCAGGACCAUGUUUCAUCACCAGUACCGAGCACGACGGGUCCCGCUCGUGGAAAGAAAGAAAAAGGAAAAGGAAAAGAAAGAAGAGUGUAA